AUGGUGUUGGCGGAUCUCGGACGUAAGAUUACGUCCGCUCUGCGGUCGCUCAGCAAUGCGACCGUCAUCAACGAAGAAGUUUUAAAUUCUAUGCUGAAAGAGAUAUGUGCAGCAUUACUUGAAGCUGAUGUAAAUAUUAGAUUAGUGAAAAAAUUACGAGAAAAUGUACGUAAAGUUAUCGAUUUUGAUGAUAUGGCUGGUGGUAUUAAUAAAAGGAGGAUGAUACAGAGUGCAGUUUUCAAAGAGCUCGUAAAGUUGAUUGAUCCUGGUGUCAAAGCUUAUCAACCAGUAAAAGGCCGUCCUAACAUAAUUAUGUUUGUUGGUUUACAAGGGUCAGGUAAAACAACAACUUGUACCAAACUGGCGUAUCAUUAUCUUAAGAAAAAUUGGAAGGCGUGCUUAGUAUGCGCCGAUACUUUUCGUGCUGGUGCAUACGAUCAGAUAAAGCAGAAUGCCACAAAAGCUAGAAUACCAUUUUAUGGAAGUUAUACAGAAGUAGAUCCUGUAACAAUUGCACAAGAUGGUGUAGACAUGUUCAAGAAGGAAGGAUACGAGAUUAUUAUUGUAGAUACAAGUGGAAGGCAUAAACAGGAAGAGUCAUUAUUCGAGGAAAUGUUACAAGUCGCCAAUGCUGUGCAACCAGACAAUAUAAUUUUUGUAAUGGAUGCAACGAUAGGUCAAGCGUGUGAAGCACAGGCAAAAGCUUUUAAAGAACGCGUUAACGUUGGUUCCAUCAUAAUCACAAAGUUAGAUGGCCACGCUAAAGGUGGUGGAGCACUUUCAGCUGUUGCAGCGACACAAAGUCCUGUAAUAUUUGUUGGUACAGGAGAACAUAUAGACGACCUAGAACCAUUUAAAACGAAACCAUUCAUUAGCAAGUUGCUAGGUAUGGGAGAUAUUGAAGGUCUUAUUGACAAAGUAAAUGAACUCAACUUGGACGAUAACGAAGAAUUACUUGAAAAGAUCAAACAUGGUCAAUUUACUUUACGAGAUAUGUAUGAACAGUUUCAAAAUAUCAUGAAGAUGGGACCAUUUUCACAACUAAUGAAUAUGAUUCCUGGAUUUAGUCAAGACUUCAUGUCCAAAGGGACAGAGCAAGAAUCAAUGGCAAGAUUAAAACGACUCAUGACUAUUAUGGACAGUAUGAACGAUUCAGAGCUGGACAGUAGAGAUGGAGCCAAGUUAUUCAGUAAACAACCUGGAAGGAUAAUGAGAGUGGCAAGGGGUUCUGGUGUGACGGAAAAAGAGGUCAAAGAUUUAAUUACGCAAUAUACAAAAUUCGCAGCGGUUGUUAAGAAAAUGGGAGGCAUAAAGGGUUUGUUCAAGGCGGGAGAUAUGGCGAAAAACGUUAAUCCUACACAAAUGGCAAAACUGAAUCAUCAAAUGGCUAAAAUGAUGGAUCCACGUGUAUUACAUCAAAUGGGUGGUAUGCCAGGAUUGCAAAAUAUAAUGAAACAGUUACAACAGGGCGCGGCAGGUGGAUUGGGAAAUUUAAUGGGAGGUUUCGGUGGUAAAUCCUGAGAUGAGGUUUCGGGCAGUGCAUACUGCCGAUAAGGACAUUAAAUACCAUUACAUACAUCUCACGAAAAAGUUAUCUGUCGUAUCUGUCUUAUCUACAAUACCGGAGAAAUUAUAUUUAAAAACUUUUUGUUUACAUACACAUGCGUUUUAUAAGUGAUGAAAUCAAGAAAAUGUGCAGCGACGUUGAUAGUACAUUCAUAAACAUCUUUCUAUCGUUUUUUUAAUCGCUCAUCGAAUCGUAAAUAUCUUUGGAUGUAAUGCAAUAAAUUAUCAAAAUACGCUAUGAAAUGCGUAUCAUAAGAGAAAGCUAAUUUAUUUCGACAUUGUUCAUAGCCCUCUCAUCUAUCCUUGUAUCGUAU